AUGGACGCCGCGCCGGUGCUGAAGCGGAAGGGCGAGGAGGCGCUCGAGGCGUGGCUGCUCGGCGGGGUCCCCGUCCCCGCCACCAAAAUCCGCCGACUCGACGCCGAUGUGCCGGCUGUCGAGGCCGCGGUGGGUGUGCCGCUUGUUGAGCCCGGCGUGAGCGUGACGCCGCAGCCUUUCGAUGUGGGGGACUUGCCGAUGAGCAGCGACAUGGCUGCGCUGGCCGCAGUGAUUGGCGUGGCUGCGCCGGCGGUGAACGAUGAGCGGGCGAUCGUGGUGUACCAGCCUGCCGAGGCCGCACGCAACCUCCUGCAUGGUCCACUCCGCCCGGGGGCUUCUCUCCAGCGUCAGCCCCGACUGGAUCCAUGGGCUCAAGAAUUGAUGCAUCCUGCAGGCACCAUGCUGCAAGAGGUGAGCAACUACAGGGCUCUGUUCGAGGAGAUGGCCGCCGGGGACGAGAAUCUAAGCCUGGCCAUGGUCCCGUGGGCGCCCGCCAAGGCCCAUGCCCAUGCCGCCUCCAGCUCCACAUCGGUGGGCGCGAAAAUGAUGGACGCUGAUCAGGACGGAGACGGCACAUCCAUGGAGAUCGAGCACGGCAUGGAGGGCCAGACCACGCCCCCAGCGUUCUCCGGAGUGACAUGUGGCGCGGCGCGCCUGGCCAGCCUUAACAACACGCACCUUAACAAGACGCAUACCAUCACCUGGGAGUUCAAGAAGAAGCAGGAGGAAGCGGGAGCGCAAGGCGGCGACGGUGAGGGCAGUGUUGCACGACAGAAGAGCAGCGACGACGAGGGCAGUGCUGCACGGCAGAAGAGCAGCGACGACAAGGGGAAUGCCUCAAUGCAUGAUGCUUUAUCUAUAAUAUCUUGA